GCCACAACCAUCAUCUUCUACAUCGUCUUCGACAGAAAGUUUAGGACUGAAUUCUUCAAAGUCGUGAAUGUGUGCAAGAAAUUGUGCCGUCGCAAGAAACAAGUCAUUUUAGAUGAAAUCUUGGACCCAUCAAGUAAGAAUGUUUCCAUAGUUCUAGUAUUUCAUUUAUCUUGUUGGUGUUAAUUAUACAUACUCUACAUAUGCUCUACGCAGACACUUUACAACAAUUAUUUCAGCUUCUGUAACAUUAGAAAUUUUCAGCAAAUUUCAACAACCUUCGGCACGGCUACCAGAUGAAUCACGGAUUAUUUGUCCUUGGCGCCUCGAAGACCAAAAUAAAAAAUAAAAAAAAAUAUAUAUAUAUAUAUAAAUAUAUAUAAUAUGUAUGUAGCGAAAGGAUACACAAAAAACAAACACAACAGAUGUCACGUGACUUUGUGUUCCCAUGUCGAAUAAUGAGAAAUCCAUCUUUUGCACAAUUAAAGCAAAUGGAUGCCGAUGACUGUCUUAAACUAAAUAUCAAACAUAAAGUCGAAAGACUGCUGCUAAAAUGGCUCUAGCCUGAAAUAGCCGAUGGAUAGAGAAGAAUAGUGGAAAUAGAUUGCUUAACAGACGUAGGGCAAACAUACACCGAAGUUAGAGUUCAUUUAUACGGAAGGUAAGGUUCUUUUACACCGAAGGUGGGCUUUAUUUUUACCGAAUGUAGGGUUCAUUUAUGCGGAAGGUAGGGUUCAUUUACACCCAGGGUAGGUUUCAUUUACACCGAGGGUAGGUUUCAUUUACACCGAGGGUAGGUUUCCUAUACACGGAAGGAUUUGUAUUCAUAAACUGAAAUACGAGUACUCCACCAAAGGGAAGGUAUAAAUACAAGAAAUGAAUGAGACUAGAUCCAUUUAUAUUAUUCUAAAGCGGAAGCGGAGCGUCUCCGAGGAAACUUGUGGGCGUCCACAUGGGCUUUUGCCUCUCCGUGGUGUGGCGGACUGGUAGGGAGGUCAGGUCUCCCGACGCAAAAAGCCCCGGCCGACCGCAUGAAUCCCAACGUAUCGGGAGUAGCAAAGUCGUAACAUGAUGACGUGUUGCCGUUGACGGAUAUGUGUUUGGGGUCGCGGCUAAACCACUCAGUUAUGCGGCCGCGAGAAAGCCGCUUUUAGGCGACCGAUUCGUUCCAGCUUUCGUCCGGACCGAAAGACUCCAUGGUUGGUGGGGAUGGUGACGCAACACCAAUCCUCCAAAGGGGAAGCAAACUCAUCCAGACUCUUAGUGAGAGUGGACAACGAACGCUUUAAACGCAGCGUUUUCAGUCGAACGGACGUACCCCAGACCAAAAGGAGUGGGGGGGGGGUAGGGCUGGGUUCUACUCUCUUUUCUACAAGUGGUUCUUAGUUUAACUCUGUUUUCUUCACUGUUUACUCAAUUGUACUCUGUUAUCUUCACGGUUUUUCUCAAUUAUACUCAGUUUUCUACAUGUUUUCUCAAUUCUACCUUGUUUUCUACACUGUGUUUUUAAUUGCACUCUGUUAUCUACAUUGUUUUCUCAAUAUUACUCUGUUUCCUAGAUUUUUCUCAACCCUCAACUAUUUUCAACAUUUUUUUUUUUUUUAAAUUCUACUAUGUUUUCUACAUUUAAAAAAAAUUAAUUCUAUUCUUUUUUAUACAAUGGUUUCUUAAUUCUAUUCUGUUUUUUAGAUGUGCUUCACAGUUCUACUCUGAGUUCUACAUUUCUCAAUUCUACACUGUUUAAUAAAUGUUUUUUCUUUAUUCUACUCUGUUCCAAGGACGUAUUUCCAGAUUCACCCAAGAAUCCCAAAGUCGCCGAGUUUCGCGAUUCUCACAGUCUUCUAAAAAAUUCAACCAAAUCGUUGAACAAAGGGUUUCGACUCAGCCAGCGAACGACGCAGGGGUCAGCUCAAUUGACCCCACGAAUGAAAGCAAGCGGGAUCUACCUAAGCCUACAAGCGACUCAUUUUUUUUCUUCUGAACAAACGUCA